UGUCAGAGUACGGUCACCUUGGCUGACAGGCGAGGAAAAUUAUUUAUAUUUUAGAAUCCACGACGCUUUGCAUACGAAAAUCAUCAAAAUAUUGUAGUUACGUUCUAAUUUUGAACGCAUCGAUGCAUAAAUGACAAAGUGUGGUAUUCAAAAAGCAAAAAAUAUGUGUUACUUGUGUUUAAAUGGUUACGCAGCAACCAAUUUACACAUAAAAAUAUAGCCAGGCACCGCGGCCAUCAACAAAAAACCAAAAACUACGAUAGAAAUUUGCGUGCGCGAAUAAUACUGCAUGCUAGAAAAUUUGAAACGUGCAAACCCUCAUAAAAAUGCGCUCACCAUUUCCAGUGUAAUUAAUAAAAAAAAAAUUGCAGCAAAUUUGCUGCCGCUGCUUUGCGGUGGUGGUGCAAAAAGAACAUAAAAUCGGUGGCAAGAAGAAGAGCCGCCAAGUGAGAAAAUUGAAAUAAAAAAAAAAAGCAAGCCAAAGCAGAGUCAAGAUAAUCAACCGCUACGGAGUGCUCCGAUCAAAAUCAAUUAAUCAUAUCACAUCAAAAUAAUACGAAACGCUCAAUUAUUGCAACGUGCAGUUCAUUGUGUUAUUCGUGCUGCAGGUGCUGCUGCUGCGGCUGCUUGGCGCUUCGCUGCUCAGACGCUGCCAACGCUGACGACAUGCGCGCGUAGAGUUGCCAGCUCUGAAAUAACCAAGGUAGUAGCAUUUCUGGCGGCUUCUAUCAUCACAACACGGAUCGACCUUCUUUUGGAAUUUCGUUGGUUGGCAGCCCUGUUCAGCAAUCAGCGAGGACAACAAUUGUCAGGCAAAAAUCUGCCUUUUGAUAGACGCGUCGUGAUCCCACGGAUCGACGACGCCAUUAACUAGAUAUUUCGUUCGCCCCGUUGUUCAAGAAAAGCUGCCACCAUUCGGAAGAAAAACACUUCGAAUAUGACCCACAAUAUCGGUAUGGCGCCAUAUCGUUUGCCGGGUCCAGCGGGCGGCCUCUGUCCGCCCGAUUUUAAGCCUCCGCCCCCGACGGAUAUUAUCUCGGCGCCGAGUAAUCCGAAGAAACGGCGGAAAACAUCGAAUGCGGCCAAUUCGGCGGCAGCCGCUGCGGCAGCAGCAGCAGCUGCGGCGGCUGCCGCUGCCAAUUCAAUGCAACAGCAGCAAUCGGCACCGCCAACACCUCAGGAUUUGUUACCACCGCCGCCAAUGGGCGGCUUUGGUGAUACGAUCGUCGCGUCCAAUCCAUUCGAUGAUAGCCCCCAGGUAUCGGCCAUGUCGAGCUCGGCAGCCGCUGCCAUGGCGGCUAUGAAUCAAAUGGGCGGCGCUGGCGGUCCGGGUGGACACUUUGGACCACAUCCGCAUUGGGAGGAGCGCAUGGGUAUGGGCAUGCAUCCUCAUAUGCAUCCGCAUCAUCCUGGUGCUGGCGGUGGCCCCAUGGGCCAUGGGCCGCACGGACCGCAUCAUAUGGGUGGGCCACCACCCAUGCGUGGAAUGAGCCCAUUAGGACCUGGCGUGCAUCCGCAUCCGCAUGGCAUGGGACCUGGCGUUGGACUACCGCCACACAUGAACCACGGGCGAGGCGGCGGAGUUCCCAUGGGCAGUCCAAUGGGUGCAAUGGCCGGCAUGGGCGGAAUGAGUCCAAUGGGCAGCAUGGGUGGACCAAGCAUAUCCCCACAUCAUAUGGGUAUGGGUGGAUUGUCGCCCAUGGGAGGUCCCAAUGGACCGAAUCCGCGUGCAAUGCAAGGAUCACCCAUGGGUGGCGCCGGAGGACCGAUGCCCGGGCAAAACUCUCCUAUGAACUCGUUGCCAAUGGGUUCGCCUAUGGGCAAUCAAAUUGGCAGUCCGCUGGGUCCCGGACCUGGACCUGGUCCUGGACCCGGCCCGGGUGGUCAACAACAGCCUGGACAACAACAACAACAACAGCAACCACAAAACCCGCAACAGACGCACAUGAACAAUGGACAAAUGGGUCCGCCGCCUCUGCACAGUCCACUGGGCAAUGGACCAACGAAUCACAGUCAUAUGUCCGGUGGACCAGGUCCAGGGCCAGGUCCUGGGCCGGGCGGUUUAGUCGGACCUGGUGGCAUGUCGCCGGCGAAUAGCAACAACAGCAACAACAACAACAACAGCGGCAACAUGAUGGGCGGCAAUGCAGCGAACAACAACAGCAAUAGUAAUAAUAACAACAGCAACAAUGGCAGCAACAAUCCCAACAGCAACAACAAUCAAAAUCCUCAUCCACAUCUGUCGCCAGCGGCGGCAGGUGGACGUUUGGGCGGAGUGCCCAAUCAAACAAUGCAAUCGAAUGGUCCAAUGCCAGUGUCGUCAGCGUCAUCUUCUGCUUCAUCAGCAUCCACAGCGACGACGACGUCCACAGCGGUAACAGCGACCACAUCAGUGCCUACGUCCUCACCAGCGCCGCCCGCCAUGUCACCGCAUCAUGCGUUAAACAGUGCCGGUCCCAGUCCGGGUAUGCCAAAUGCGGGGCCCAGUCCGUUACAGUCGCCGGCGGGCAACAACAACAACAUGAACAACAAUAAUGGACCCAUGAUGGGCCAGCAAAUGAACCCAAAUGUUCCUAUGCAGCAGCAGCAACAACAACAGCAGCAGCAACAACAACAUCAACAACAGCAGCAGCAACAACAACAACAGCAGCAGCAGCAGCAACAUGGUCCCAUGGGUGUCCAUAUGGUUGGCCAGCCAGGCGGACCCGGUGGACACGGACCUGGAGGUCCCAUGGGCAUGGGCAUGAAUCAAAUGCUGCCGCCACAACAACCACCGCAUCUCGGCGGACCACCGCACCCGCAACUUAUGAAUCAUCCGCACCCGCAUCAUUCGCAUCCAGGCGGUCCACCGCCUCACCAUAUGAUGGGACCGGGCCCGGGCAUGCAUGGUCCAGGAGGUCCAGGUGGUAUGCCACCUCACAUGGGCGGCGGCGGUGGCGGUAAUCCGCAUAUGAUGGGACCACACGGCAAUGCUGGGCCACAUAUGGGUCAUGGUCAUAUGGGUGGUGUGCCGGGACCGGGUCCAGGUCCGGGCGGCAUGAAUGGCCCACCACCGCAUCACGGAAUGCCACCUCACCAUGCACACACACACCCACAUCAUCACGGUCACGGGCACAGUCCCAUGGGUGGGCCCAACAUGUUUGGCGGCGGUGGCGGUGGGCCUAUGGGUCCGGGUCCCAUGGGCAAUAUGGGUCCCGGCCCAAUGGGUGGUCCCAUGGGCAACAUGGGCGGUCCUAUGGGCAAACCCAUGACAAUGAGCGGUGGCAAAAUGUAUCCACCGGGUCAGCCAAUGGUCUUCAAUCCGCAGAAUCCUAAUGCGCCGCCCAUCUAUCCUUGUGGCAUGUGUCAUAAGGAGGUCAACGACAACGAUGAGGCAGUCUUCUGUGAAUCCGGUUGUAAUUUCUUUUUUCACAGAACCUGCGUGGGUCUAACCGAGGCGGCCUUUCAAAUGCUCAAUAAGGAGGUGUUUGCCGAGUGGUGCUGUGACAAGUGUGUGUCUUCCAAGCAUAUACCCAUGGUCAAGUUCAAAUGCUGAAGAGCCACCAAUCAACUGCAACAACGAUGAUAACCACAAAAUCAACAACCACCACCAGCUAGCACUCAUUCACUCUGUAUAAAUAUAUCCAAGCAUUAACUAUUUUAA